AUGGGCUCUGCGAAAAUUUCCUUAUGGAUUUUAUGGAGGAAACCAAUUGAUGGUACCAACGAGUUUUUCGAGGAGGCGGACAAGGUGUUCCACAGCAAUAUGACAUCAGUAUUUCAGGGAACAAUCGUGGAUGAAGUGAUGGAUACGAUGCUCGCACAAAUCAGAAUGCAUGUGGAGAAUCCCGCGCUGCCCAAGAGUGGUUUUAGUAUCGGCCGCAUCCUACAUCUCGACGUGGACUUUCACAAACUGAAGCUGACGAGAGGUUCCUCGUAUAUCAAGGCACCAAGAUGGAUUGCAAUGAAGAAGGCUAUCAUGAACCCAAAUAACAACGAUGAAGAGUGUUUCAAGUGGGCUGUGAUUGCAGCGUUGCAUAAUGAAGAUAUUGGCAUUCAUCCAGAACGUAUUAGCAAGCUGAGACCAUAUGCAAAGGUCUAUAACUGGCAGGGCAUUGAGUUUCCAACAAGCAUCAAGGAUAUCUUCAAGUUUGAAAAGAACAACACGGACAUCGCGGUAAACGUCCUGUAUGUGACAGGGAAGACUUUCAAUAUCCUGCGUCGAUCUACAUACAAUGGACGCAAUAAACAUGUUAAUCUACUACUCCUUACGGAUGAUAAAAAGACUCACUAUACAACUAUCAAAAAUCUCUCACGGCUAUUGGGUAGCGAGAUAUCGAAGAAUCAUUUAAAGAUGCGCUUCUGCCUGAACUGUCUGCAAGUCUUUCCAACAAUCGAGUCGCGUGAUAAACACUAUUCAUACUGCAAAGAUAACGAAGCGGUCAAGAUCACGAUGGCCUGCGAAAAGGAAAAACACUUAUACUACCAAGAUGGCCAGCAGCAAUUCAAAGUGCCAUUCAUCAUCUAUGCGGACUUUGAAAGCCUACUCAUUCCGAUGAAAGAAAAUGCUCGGGAUACAAAGAACAAGACGCUGAGUAAGCAUGUACCAUGCGGGUGGGCCACAUACUCCACUUUCGCAUAUGGAGAAGUGCCGGACCCCCUAACAGUAUAUAGGGACGAGGACUGCGUAACCCGAUUUGUCAACCACCUGGAGGAUGAGGUAAAGCGGCUCUACGCUACCUUCCCACGGAAGCCCAUGCUACCAUUAACGGAGGAGCAGAGGAAUGAAUAUAAUGCUGCAGAUACCUGUCACAUAUGCAUGAAGCCGUUCAACUAUGAAAAUAGAAAAAUUCGGGAUCACUAUCACUAUACAGGGAUGUAUCGAGGAGCAGCCCAUAAUACCUGCAAUCUUAAGUAUAGGAUACCCAAACAUGUACCCGUGAUGUUUCACAACCUAUCAGGGUAUGAUGCUCACUUGUUUAUUCGCGAGCUGGGCGAAAAAUAUGACACUCAGAAUAUAGGAUGCAUCGCCGAGAACACGGAAAAGUACAUAUCGUUUAAUGUUAAAAUCAAGGUAUUGCAGGUAUGGGAUAUGGUGACGCUGAAUUUUAUAAGAAGAUCGGGAUCAGGUUCAUAG